ACAGAAAAGCAUAGAGAGCACCACAGAGGGAAAGGGAAAAGGAAAGUGGGAAUUGCAGAGACGGUUGGAAAGAAAUGAUAGGAUUAGGAUGGGUGAAUGGUAUGAGUAUGAGCAGUUUACUGCCAUUUGUGGGAAUGGUAGUGGCUCUUCUGACUCAAAGUGGGAGCAUGGUGGUUAUCAAAGUUGCCAUGACUGAUGGGAUAAACAAGUAUGUCAUGCUUGUGUAUUCUUUAGCACUCUCCUGCUUCAUGCUUCUUCCCGUUGCCUUGCUUCUCCAUAGGUCUGAGCGUCCUCCUCUCACGUUCUCUGCACUUAGAAGCUUCUUUUUGCUUGCUCUAUUUGGAAGCUCAGCACAGAUAAUGGCUUAUGUUGGCAUAGAACUCAGCUCUCCUACUCUUGCCUCGGCCAUGCUUAACCUCAUUCCAGCUUUCACUUUUGUACUUGCUCUCAUUUUCAGGAUGGAAGAAGUAUAUUGGAGACAUUUUAGUAGCCAAGCUAAAGUAAUAGGAACUAUAGUAUCAAUUACUGGAGCAUUUGUUGUGAUAUUUUACAAGGGCCCACCAAUCUUCAACACAAAUUUGUCAGACUCUUCUAGCAUACUUCAAUUUUCACCACAGUCAAACUGGAUCUUGGGAGGGUUGCUCUGUGCUGUUGAUUCGUUCCUUUCUUCCAUGUGGUACAUAUAUCAGGCUUCAGUUGUAAAGAAAUACCCUGCUGUAAUAAUCACAGUCUUCUUCCAGGUCUUAUUUUCAACCAUUCAGUCUGCAGUCUUUGCCUUUAUUGCAGUUAGAGAUCCAAGGGAAUGGGAGCUAAAGCUUGAUGUGGGGUUGAUUGCCAUUUUAUACCAGGCAAUAUGUGCAACAGUGAUACGCUACAUCCUAUGCACUUGGUGUGUCCAAAGAGCCGGACCUCUGUUUUGUGCUAUGUUCAAGCCCAUGGGAAUCAUCUUCACCGUUUUCAUGAGUGCAAUCUUUCUCGGGGAUGAUUUUAGACUUGGAAGUUUGAUUGGGGCGGUUAUAAUCGUGAUAGGAUUUUAUGCUGUGAUGUGGGGAAAAGCAACAGAAGAGAAGAUGGUUGAGAGAGAGAUUAACAACUUGGAGUCGUCUUGCCAUAAUGUUCCUCUGUUACAAAACAAGGUGUAACAGGUAUUAGAUGGAAUAUGUGCUAUGAAUAUAUCAGCCACAGAAAGUUUGAUUUUUUUUUAUUUUCAAUUCAUAUGUCUUCACUAAUUGUGAGGGUAAUUAAUGCUGUUAAAUAUUUAGCAUUUAUUUAAAGUAAUCAAUAUCAUCAUUUGUAAUUAAUUGUUGUUCCCAUUUUAUGUAUUU